CUUGGCCCCUCUUUGCCCCCCUGAAAUGCCCCACCAGGCCCUCUAUGACUCCCUCCCCCCCCCCAGCCCUUGAAUUGCCCCUCUGCGCCCUAUUUAUAACCCCCUCAGCCCCUAAAUUGCCCUCUCAAGCCUUAAUUACCCCCUCGACCCCUAUUUGCGCCCCUUCAGCCCCUAUAGAUCCCCCAAACGGCCCCUAUAUAACUCCGAAAUCACGCCCUCCCCGGGCCCAGCAGCCCCGCGCAUGCGCUAUGGCGCCCUCCCCGCCGCCGUACGGCGGAAGCGCUGCCCCUUCCCCCCCCCCCCCCCCCACUGGGGGACCGCUUUGUACGGAGGACCUACCGGAAGUGCCCGUGCCGCCGACCGGAAGUGGGGGUGGGAGCGGCGGUGGGCGCUGCACCGGGGCGGCGGCGGCCCGGCCCGGCCCUUCCCGGCGCUUCCCCGGUCGCAGCGGGGCCUCGGCGGGGGCCGGGACCCCCCCCCCACCACCAACACACACACAGACACCCACCCCCCCGCCUCCCGGGCACCGCUCCGCCCGGCUGGAACCAUGGCGGAGGCGGCGGACAGCAGCGCCUGUGGCACCGCCACCGUCACCGAGACCGGCGCAGCCGAACCGGAAAACCGCAGCCUGACCCUCAAACUCCGCAAGCGGAAGCCGGAUAAAAAAGUCGAGUGGUCGAGCGACACCGUCGACAACGAGCACUUGGGCCGCCGCUCCUCCAAGUGUUGCUGCAUCUAUGAGAAGCCGCGGGCGUUUGGGGAGAGCUCGACGGAGAGCGAGGAGGAAGAGGAAGAAGAGGAGGUGGCGAGGGGCGGGGACGAAGGCUGUGGCCACCUCCACUGCGUCCGGGGCCAUAAACAGGGGCGGGGACGGGGAGGGGGGGGGACACCGGGGGCUGGGGGUGGGCCCCAAGUGCUCCCCCCAGGGCCCCCCACCCCUAUGGAGCACUGAGGGACCCCCUAUGGAGCCCCCCCCUCUCCCUUAUUGACCCUUGCCCCCCCCCCCCCCCCCCCCCCCCCGAAAUAUCAACUCUGGGCUUGACACCCCCCCCAUCACCUCAGGGGUCAGCCCCCCCCCAAUAUCAAAGCCUGAGCCCCCCAAAUCGCUGCCUGAACCCCCCCAAACUUCCAAGGACCCUCCCUAAAAUAUCACUGCCUGAGCCCCACCCCCCCCAAAAUCACUGCCUGAGCUCCCCCCCCAACCCCACACAUACCCCAGUGUUUGGGGGGGGGACAUUUUGGGGUGCCCCCCCCCCCUCCCUUUCAUGGCACCUGUGGGCAUUAAAGGUGGCACCGCUGCGA